UAUGCAACAUAAAUGCAUUGGCUAUGUAUCAUCAUGUGGACAGUUUAUUCUAAACCUUGAACUGCAAUUGAAUUUAAGAUAAUACUCAUUUGUAGAACUGACCUUUUUCAAUCCUCUUCGUGCAGGUUGCCAUGUUUAAAUCGCACCAGUGACUUACCUACUACGUUAAAUUCGUCACGUCUAGAAACAACGCAGGCAACUUUGCUGCUGGUUUGGGCACACUGAUGGGGCAGACGGUACGAGCGGAAGCCAUGUUUGUUGUUCUUCCAUCCGCCACUUCGGAGUUCGGUACGUUCAGGGUCUGAACGUUCAAGGAACUCCCGUCUGCAUGUCUUUAACAAUAUCGCCACUAAAUAUUCUCUACCACCCCCCGAAUGCAGAUUAACAGGUAUGCCAAAGGAAAAAUAUGAUUCCCCGGAUCCUCGCCGAUUAUACACCAUCAUGUCAGCCGAGGAGGCAGCCAACGGGAAGAAGUCACACUGGGCCGAGCUGGAGAUAUCAGGUCGGGUCAGAAGUCUGAGCAGUUCUCUGUGGACCCUCACCCACCUGACGGCUCUACACAUCAACGACAACAACCUGAGUCGCAUCCCGCCCGACAUCGCCAAGCUGCCACACCUGGCCUACCUGAACCUGUCGUCCAACAAGCUCCGAAGCCUGCCCGCCGAGCUCGGAAACAUGGUGUCUCUCAGGGAGUUGCUUUUAAACAACAAUCUUUUGCGAGUUCUACCUUACGAACUCGGGCGGCUGUUCCAGUUACAAACCCUGGGGCUAAAAGGUAACCCUUUGUCCCAAGACAUCCUCAACCUGUACCAGGAAUCAGACGGAACCAGAAAGCUCUUGAACUACAUGCUUGACAAUCUAGCAGUGCACCCAGAACAACUCCCCCAGAGACCUUGGAUCACCUUGAAGGAGCGAGACCCAAUGAUCCCCACAGCCAUGUUCACAGUGAUGUGUUACAACGUGCUGUGUGACAAGUACGCCACCCGUCAGCUGUAUGGCUACUGCCCCUCCUGGGCCCUCAACUGGGAGUACAGGAAGAAGGGCAUCAUGGAGGAAAUCACACACUGUGACGCUGACAUCAUCAGUCUACAGGAGGUGGAGACGGAGCAGUACUACGCCCUCUUCCUGGAGACUCUAAAGGACCAUGGGUACGACGGGUACUUCUGCCCAAAGUCUCGUGCCAAACUGGUCUCAGAACAGGAGAGGAAGCACGUGGACGGAUGUGCUGUGUUCUUCAAGACUGAGAAAUUUACUCUGGUGCAGAAACACACGGUGGAGUUCAACCAGGUUGCCAUGGCAAACUCUGAGGGUUCAGAGGUCAUGUUGAACAGGGUCAUGACCAAGGACAACAUCGGGGUCGCUGUCCUGCUGGAGGUCAACAAGGACAUAUUCUCUGGUGGCAUGAAGCCUCUGCAGGAGACACAGUUCCUUCUGGUGGCUAACGCCCACAUGCACUGGGACCCAGAGUUCUGUGACGUCAAGCUGAUCCAGACCAUGAUGUUCCUGUCUGAGCUGAAGAGCAUCACAGAGAGGGCGCUGAGCUCCGUGGCAACAGGCUCCCCGACCUCCGACCCCACCUCCAUCCCUAUCGUGCUCUGUGCUGACCUCAACUCCCUGCCAGACUCUGGUGUAGUGGAGUAUCUGAGUAACGGUGGUGUAGCAGAGAACCAUAAGGACUUCAGAGAGCUGCGCUACAACGAAGCUCUCAGCAACUUCAGCUGCCAGGGGAAGAACGGCCCUUCUGACGGCAGCAUCACACACAGCUUCCAGCUGAAGAGCGCCUACCAGGGCAGCCUCAUGUCUUAUACCAACUAUACGUAUGACUUCAAGGGCGUGAUCGACUACAUCUUCUUCUCCAAGACUCACAUGUCUGUAGCCGGCUUGCUCGGUCCCCUGGAGUCUCAGUGGUUAACGGACAACAACAUCACCGGCUGUCCCCACCCCCACAUCCCCUCUGACCACUUCUCUCUGCUCGCCCAGCUGGAGCUCCACCCGCCCGUCACCACCUCCCUCAACGGCCUGCACCUGCCCGUCCACAGGAGUUCCUAUUAAGGCCCAUGUGAGAGGUUAUAGACCUACAGUCGGUGUCCAGAUUUCAGUUUCCAUUCAACCCAUCUGAACAGUAGGCUACAGUUCCGUUGACGUGACCUGUCAAAUUUUUAUAUAGCUUCUCACAAUCAUCACACAUAACGUAGCCACCGCCGCUGCUAUCAUCCUCUUUCAACACUUCACCAAAUAUUUCCCAAACAAAUCAUUUCUAGUCCUCACUUCGCUUUCUUUUUUAAUCAACUCUUUAUUUAUCAGCUCUUCUGUUAUUGAAUUAAACUCCGACAUUGUCUUUUUUUCCCUCCUUGGAUCGACAUGAACUUUUUUCUGCCCAUUCCCAAAAGCAUCUGGUGAUUCGCUGUAGGCUAUUUGGCCCGCUUAGGCCUUAAGUUUUAGGCUUUAUGCACUAAUGCCAGAUAGUGCCUCAGUGUAGCAUAUAAAUUGAGCAAUAAUUAUACAUUUUAUAGAUUUUCUUCUUUCUCAAGCCAGCCCACGCCCUUCAUCCACACAAUAUUUCAUGACCCUAAACCUCCCCGCUCCACUGAUAUAACCGGAUGGACUGCAGGUUGAGUCAACCCGUGUGUCACUAGUAGGAACGAUCAUUCAGUUGCUUGUGUCAGCCAUAUUGAGAGUGCCCACUGGUAGCCCCUCGGAGACCAUUCUAGAUCCAUAGAGGGUUUCAUAUCUACGGCUAGACCGGAGGCUCAAACAACUGCUACCCAGCUGCACACGUUCCGGUGGGUUUCUGAAUGUAGAAGGUUUUCAUUUGAUUUCGAUUUUGUUUUUAUUUGUUCCUUCGGGUCAUAAUUAGGUAGACUUGUCACAGAGCGAUCGAAUUGCUAGAGGUUUUGUUAGCAGACAUCUUUUGAAUAGUGAACUCUAGACUUUGGUGAAUAUCACUUGGUCUUUUCAGACCUAAGCCACAUUUUUAGAAGAGAAAUGUUAGCAUCUAUAGUAUGUUAAUUCAGGUUUAAAGCUGAAUGCUAUUGCUAGGUCAUCGUUUUAGUGUGAUUAAAAAGAAAGCACUUUUUAAAUAUGUGAUUGUCUUCGUUUAUCUGACCCUUAUGCAUGCAUCCAUCCCAGCCUUCCAUCCUACAUGGUGUACCUAAAACUGGUGGAUUUCAAUGUUUUACCUAUAAUCAUAAAUCAUAUUUGACAGAGUAUGGACAGAGGGAUUGUGGUCAAUGUGGUCGUGUCAAUACGUUAAUACUAACCAUGUGAUCAAGGACAACUAUGACCAGGAAGUCCCCAAAGAGCAAAAGGGUUUAAGUUGAGUAAACUACGACCACCCCAGUCCCACCUCCUGCUGGGUGUGGAAUCUGUCAACCAAUCAGGUGGAGGUGCUAACUUUUGUAUUACUCUGAAAACAGUGUUUAGUUUUAUGGAUUUAUUUGGGGUAAUGUUCACAUAAAAAAAGAAAAUAUACACGCUCAUCAGCAAUUGUAUAAUUGUCCGUCGUCAGGCAAUAAAAUUGUCAUUUUAAAAAGUA